AUGACUCUGCUAUGGCUUAUGCUUCUACUUCUUCAUCAAAGAUGUACUGCAGAUACUUUGGUUCCUAUCACCACAGUCCAGCUUGGGGAACCUUUCACUUUAUCAUGUGUUUUGACUGAGCAGUUUCAGGUCGUAACAUGGGUUCACUGGUACAAGCAGAGUGCAGGAAAUACUCUGAAAUUAAUUGCAAUGCUGCGUAAAAGUACAAAAACUGCUUAUGGACCAGGAUUUUCAUCUACAAGAUUUACAAUAACAAAUAAUGGCACACAAAGCACCUUGUUUAUUUUGUCAGUCAUUGAACAAGAUGAGGGAAUGUAUCACUGUGCUCAAAUGGACUGGACUCAAUCUGUUUGGACUGGGAUUUAUUUAUCAAUAAAAGGAAACUCUCAGAGGACAUCAAGCUACACUAUUGUUCAGGAGCAAACAGUUUCUGAUCCCACUCGUCCAACAAGUCCAAAGACUCUGCAGUGUUUAGUCCUGUCUGAAUCUGAGAAUACAACCUGUUCCAGUGAACCUAGUGUAUUCUGGUUAAGAGCUAGAUCAGACACAUCCAAUCCAGACAUCAUCUACACUGUGGAAAACUUUAAUAAAAAUUGCAAAAAGACAUCAAACAAUCAGAAGAAAUGUAGUUACAACUUCUCUAAGAACGUCACCUCCUCUGAAUCGGACACCUUUUACUGUGCUGUGGCUACAUGUGGAGAAGUAUUAUUUGGAAACGGAGCAAACAUAGUAAAGAGCAAUCAAGAUAAAACAUCAAUUACUACACGGAGUGUAUUCAUUAUCACAUUGGUCUGCUUGGCCAUUUCAGUGACUUUGAAUAUUUUUUUUCUUUGUUAUCAAAUUAAAAGAUCAGGAGGUAAUCGAUUUAAAGAGAGUCUCUCUUCUCAACCAAAACACACCGACUUAAGAUUCCCAAUAGAUGAGAGUGAAAAUGGGCAGGAUCUAAAUUAUGCUGCAUUGCAUUUCUCUGGAGGGAAGGAGCAAAAAAGAAAGAAGAAAGGAGAACAGAAGACUGAAGAAAGUGUAUAUUCACAAGUUAAAUUGUAGAAAUCAAUAUAAUUGAUUCUAGUGUUAUGCUGAAUGAUGACACUGAAGUAUGUAGUUACAAAUAAAGUUUACAAUGCUUUCUGAUCAUCAAUUAAAACUCCCUA